AUGUCCAAGUGCUCCGUGGUACUGUUGCUGGUAGUAACGGCCAUCGUUGCCACCAUAUCGGGUGAGAUCCGUUCCGUCCAGGAUGUUGACUGGAGCCGCGUUCAGCGGUUUUACGAUCGGAACCUUGACGUUCCGGAUCGUCGCAUUAACAACGGUGUAAUCGCCACUCCGACCGAUGUUCCUUGGGCCGUCGCACUGCUGAUUUCGCUUACGUCCGGAACCAACUUCUGCGGUGGAGCACUGAUCUCACCGACACAUGUGCUCACUGCUGCGUCCUGUGUCAAUGGUCAGAGCGCGUCCUCGAUUACGGCUAUGCUAGGUGCGAGCACCAUUGCCACGACGUCCGACUUCGUACCCGUGGCGCAUGUUCGCGUUCAUCCGGAUUACAGUUCUUUCCUAGAACGCGAUGACAUCGCCAUCUUGACGCUGUCCCGUCAACCGCGCUGGAAUGAUCAAAUCCAAAUCAUUAAUCUACCGCGCCGUAUGUACAUUGGUCACUCGUUCAACAACUACGUCACUACCAUUUCCGGCUGGGGUGAAACUGGCACUAACACCGGUGAACCACUGCCGAUGCCCAAUCUGCGCUUCAUCCGCAGCCCCGUCAUCACCAAUCUGAGUUGCGAGCUGAGCUUCCUGCUAACCAACAUUCGCAACACGCACAUCUGCACCUCGACCGAUGGUGGAGCACCGUGCAUCGGUGAUCAGGGUGCGCCGGUGACGGUGACCGAGAACGGUGAAACCUUCCUCAUCGGUAUUCACGUGUUUACGGCUUCGCGUUGCGAGCGUGGCCGUCCGGCCGUCCAUGUCCGCCUAACGCAGUACAUGAACUGGCUCCAGUUGAACACAGAUGCCGUCAUCCGCGAGUAG